CCGGAGAAUGAGCUCACAAAUGAGCGGGCACUAAGAACGAUCGCCAGCCAUGCAUACCUUUUCCGCAUUGUAACUCCCGUCAAUGUUGACCUGUUUGAAGAACUGCUUGCAACCCAUCCGAAUCAACCCUUCGUCGAGUCAGUUGUACACGGUUUCCGUAACGGUUUCUGGCCUGCGGCCAACACAAACGACACCUCCCUACCAUCAACGUGGGACAAUGCACACCGACCACUACGUGAUCCCCGACACGUUCAAUUCCUAGCUGAAUAUCGCGACAAGGAAGUGGAGAGUGGACGCUGGUCUAUGGCUUUUGGCACCGAGCUGAUGGACGGCAUGUACAGCAUGCCGAUUGGGGUCGUCCCGAAGGGUGAGAACUCCUUCCGACUGGUCAACGACGACAGUGCGGGAGAGUUUUCUGUGAACGCGAUGAUACCAAGGGUUCGCCCCUCGAUCCCUAUGGAUAAUGUUAUAGACCUGGGUGCAAUACUGCGG